GUUAAGCUAGAGGGGCGUCCAGAAAUAGCGCCCGACCACUUCACGGCCGGAUCCGGCGUCACGUUAAAAAACUUAAACCGCACACCUACUUCCCAUCCAACGAAAGAGGAAAGAAGAAACCCGGGACUCGGAAAAGGAAAAAAAAAAGAAAGAAAGAAAAGAAAAGAAACCCCCCUUCCGGCUCUUCUUAGGUGGUGGGAUUCUUUCUCUCGAGCGACCAGAGAGUGGGAUUAAAGCGAAAGGAGGAGAACGGAGCGAGGCGGGAGGGGGAGAGAGAGAGAGAGGGAGCGGGAUGUCGUGCUCGUCGUCGUCGGGGUCGGGGGAGGAGGACGAGGGCGUCGACGAUUACAGGAAGGGCGGCUACCACGCCGUCCGAGUCGGCGACCAGUUCGCCGGCGGCCGGUACAUCGCCCAGCGGAAGCUUGGAUGGGGCCACUUCUCCACCGUCUGGCUCGCCUUCGACACCCGAUGCAAAAGAUUUGUAGCCCUGAAAAUUCAAAAAAGUGCUGCAGAAUUUGCUCAAGCUGCUCUCCAUGAGAUUGAGAUCCUUUCAGCAAUUGCGAAAGGAGAUCCCUCGAAUUCCAAGUGCAUAGUUCGUCUUCUGGACAAUUUUAAGCAUGCUGGUCCAAAUGGGCAGCAUCUUUGCUUGGUAUUUGAAUUCCUUGGUGACAGCCUACUCCGGCUAAUCCGGUACAACAGAUAUAAGGGCAUUGGCCUGGACAGAGUUAGAGACAUAUGCAGAUCAAUCUUGUCGGGUCUUGAUUACUUGCACAGGGAGCUCGGUAUCAUUCAUACGGAUUUGAAACUAGAAAAUGUCCUUCUUGUCUCUACCAUUGAUCCUUCAAAAGAUCCUGUGCGCUCUGGAUUUUCCCCAAUCCUUGAGAGGCCUGAGGGCAAUGCAAAUGGGGCACUUGUGGCCAGUAGCAUUGAGAAAAAGCUGAAGAAGAAAGCAAGGAGGGCAGCAGCAAGGAUCUCUGGGAGAAGAUCAUCAAUGAUAGGAACAUUGCAGCUGACAGAGCGGGAAAGGAGCUUGGAUGGGAUUGAUUUGAGAUGCAAGGUUGUGGACUUCGGGAAUGCUUGUUUGGUUGAUAAGCAGUUUACAGAUAAUAUUCAGACAAGGCAAUAUAGGUCUCCUGAGGUUAUUCUCAGGGCAGGGUACUCAUUUUCAGCUGAUAUAUGGUCUUUUGCUUGCAUAGCUUUUGAGCUUGCAACUGGUGACAUGUUGUUUACACCUAAGGAUGGACAAGGAUAUAGUGAAGAUGAGGAUCACUUGGCUUUGAUGAUGGAGCUACUUGGGAAAAUGCCUCGAAAGAUUGCUACUUCGGGAUCUCGAUCAAAAGACUUCUUUGACAGGCAUGGAGACCUGAAGAGAAUCCGAAGGCUGAAAUUCUGGUCCUUGGAUCGCCUUCUGGUUGAGAAAUACAAAUUUCUUGACACCGAUGCGCAAGAAUUUGCUAACUUUCUUUGCCCUCUACUUGAUUUUGCUCCAGAGAAGCGGCCAACAGCUGCAGACUGCCUGCAGCACCCAUGGCUUAAGAGCAGAGAUAAAAAGCUCACUGAUGAAAAUAUUGAAGCAAGUGUAGCAAGGCUGGAGAUCGGCAUGAGCAGCAAGUUCAAAGUUUAGGUGGACAAGCAAAUAGAUUUUAAACAUGCCCCAUGCAAAGAUCAUCCCACUCCAUGUUGGUAAUAUUAAUUCAUUUAUUCACAGAAAAGCUUCAGUUAUUUUCAUUUCAUUGAUCUCAAUGGGUUUCAGAUUGAGUGUUGUUUGAAGGAAGCAUCUUCACACUUACAAGGGGCCAAUAGGCCAUGACAUCAUCAGACAGUUGUCAUCAAUAUAUAUAUAUAUAUGGCGGAAAGAUAUUAUAUAGAUUUUUGUUUUUGUUAAGUGGUUACAGAAUAUGGUUUCUGAACGUGAGGGAAUGUGGAGGAGAGGGCCCUCACAUGGCUUUAUCAAUGUUGAAAUUAAGAAAGCUUUACCUGCUAACCAUUUAGAAGAUAUUAUGUAUUUGUUCUGCUAAGAUCCAAUUGAAAAGUUUUAGGAGCUCAGCCAUGAGGUUUUAGCAGUGCUUGAGCAAAAAUAGCUUGGUGUGGUGUGAGUUGUAUGAUGUGUUAUUUGAACUUUGAAAUUAAUUUAUUUGUGUACAACUUCAUAAUAAAGGACUUUUUUCAAUGAGAAA